ACCGGACGCAUCCGGAUACGCUGCCAGUCGCUGGUCAACGAGAACACCAAGUCCGAUGGCCGCUUACACGGUCGCGCAGGUCGACAAGUGCGCCUUUACGCACUGGUACCCGACCUUGGCCGCCGCCAGCGUCAAGAGCAUCGCGAUUGCGCUGCCCGAUGUCGUCGUGUCGAUGCUGCUGGCCGACAAGAUUCAGUUUCGCCCAGAUGACUACCCGCCACCGUUUCUCGCCGAGGUCAAGGACGCGCUCGCGGCGCUCGGCGGCAAGGUGUUUGUGAAGCUCGAUUGGAGCUGCCCGAAAGACGCCAAGUGGAUCCUUGGCAACUCGCUCGCGUGCACAUGCUUGGAGGACAUGAUCCUCGCGCUCAAGGCCAGCGACUUCGUCUUGCACGACCUCACGGCCGCGUACGACGGGUGCAUCGACUGGGCCAACUUUUACGACUCGAUGCACUUUCGGUGCUUUGUCAAGCACCGGUCGCUGGUCGGGAUCUCCCAGCGCAACUGCGGCGACUACUAUGCGUUUCUGACCGACGACAGGACGCAAGACGAGCUCUGCAACGCGAUCGGCGCCUUCUACACCCGCCACUUGCUGCACGCCGACGUCGUCGACGCGAGCUACGUCUUUGACGUGUACGUCGACAAGUCGCACCGCGUCUUCCUCCUCGACAUCAACGUCUUUGGCGCUGUGACCGACCCGCUCCUCUUCACUUGGGACGAGCUCGCAACGGAGGACAACGAGACCGACGACAUCGACUUUCGCGUCGUAAGCUCCGAGACUGCGAUCGUCCCGGACGCGUACUCGCAGUACAAGGUACCCGUCGACCUCGUCGACCAUUUGGCAACACCCGGCGGCUUUGAUGAUUUCUUGCGCCAAGUCGCCAAAGACAACGCCAAGGGCAACGACGACAACGACGACGACGACAACGACGACGAUGAUGAUGAUGAUGAUGAUGAUGAUGAUGGCAUCGAGUGGAGCUCGUAG